CCCACGCGUAGGCGGGGCGCUUUACACGGAAGUCAGCAGCGUCCGGUCCUAUCCUCCGUGUACCGGCAGACAGCAACCCAGAGCCGCCCGAUCCUCUUGGUCUCGAGCUCGGUUGCCUUUACAAGUUGCCGGACUGAUUGACACCAUGGCCAUUCUUUUUGCUGUUGUUGCCAGGGGAACCACUAUCCUUGCCAAACAUGCUUGGUGUGGAGGAAACUUCCUGGAGGUGACAGAGCAGAUUCUGGCUAAGAUACCUUCUGAAAAUAACAAAUUAACAUACUCACAUGGCAAUUAUUUGUUUCAUUACAUCUGCCAAGACAGGAUUGUAUAUCUUUGUAUCACUGAUGAUGAUUUUGAACGUUCCCGAGCCUUCAAUUUUUUGAAUGAGGUAAAGAAGAGGUUCCAGACAACUUAUGGCUCAAGGGCACAGACAGCACUUCCAUAUGCCAUGAAUAGCGAGUUCUCAAGUGUCUUGGCUGCACAACUGAAGCAUCACUCUGAGAAUAAGGGCCUAGACAAAGUGAUGGAGACUCAAGCCCAAGUGGAUGAACUGAAAGGAAUCAUGGUCAGAAACAUAGAUCUAGUAGCUCAGCGUGGAGAAAGAUUGGAAUUAUUGAUAGAUAAAACAGAAAAUCUCGUGGAUUCAGAAUUUUUAUAUCUUGUUCUCUUCAGCCUACCCCCAUACACAGUCCCAUGGAAAGGUUUGUCUGUCACCUUCAAAACUACCAGCAGAAAUCUUGCACGAGCCAUGUGUAUGAAGAAUAUCAAGCUAACAGUCAUCAUUAUCAUUGUAUCAAUUGUGUUCAUCUAUAUUAUUGUGUCACCUCUCUGUGGUGGAUUUACAUGGCCAAGCUGUGUGAAGAAAUAAGAAAGAAAAAAUUAUCAUUGACCAAGGAUACAAGAGAAAAAGGAGUUAAAAAUAAUCCAUGUGACCCAAGCCUUUCAUUACUGGCAGAAAGUGUCUGCUAGUCUCUUCAGCCCUCUUUUCAUUGAUGCUUUUUUUAAUCUUAGUCUAUGUCUCCAGAUUUAUCUUUGUCCUAUCAACCAAUUUAUUCCAAUGAACUUCAGAUUAAACCAGUCAUUACAGCAGUAGCCUUAAAAAUGCUUUGGUUUGUUUCUUUGGUUUGUUAACUAGUGUUACCUACUUUGAAAACCAUUUUUAGUUUUAAUUGCACAAAGCUAUUGCCAAGGUGGAUACCACCCGUUUUAAGAGAUGUCUACUAAAACUAUAGAGGAGCUUUGUAUGUGCACGUAAAAGUAUUCAAGAGACAAAUAAUAUUGCUCACCAUUCAUCUUAAUGUAUUUUGUUAUUGAAGAGUUUUAGGUGCUUCAAAACAAUAUAAAUGAAGAAUGGUCGUUAUUUGGGGAAUUGUAAUUAAAUUGUCGGUGCUGCUUAUUUUCAGGAGCCCAGAUGGGUAAAGUAUUAUACAUAUUUAUUUCAAUCAGAUGGGGAACAUUUUGCUAGCCCACUAGAAGCACACAGAUUAUUCUUGUCCUCCUAGUAUUCACUUUCAGGAAUAAAGUUAAGGGCACUAAUCAUUUACAAUACAGUGAUUAGCUUAUUAUCUUCUGUUUUCCUGUUGUAGUUGAUUGGAGAAGAUUAUGGUUUAAAUAUUGUUAAAGCUUAUUGUUUUUAUAUAUUCCUUUUCUUUGAAUAUUAUAUAGCAAUCCUAUUGUUAAUAGAAUGGGUAAUGGAGGGGUGGGAGGCAAAUUCCUGUGACUCACCAAAGAAAAACAAGGGAAUCAUAGUAGGUAUGCUAGCAUUUUAGCUAUAGAAAGUGGGGUAGUUUGGGAAGUUUUUUCCAUUCUGAGAAAAGCCCAAACUGAAUACAGUCAGCAUUCAACUCCAGAGUUUGGAAUUGACUCUUGUUGAGUAAUAGUUUGAGCAUCCUUUAUGGUUUACUAAAUCCUUUAAUCUGCCUAAUGUUGAAGAAUUCUUUUGUGAAACCUGAAUAUAGACAGUAUGAUGUAUAGACACAACACAUAGCAGUUUAACAUCCAUUUACUGCAUUGCACAAAAAUUGGGAUGUAAUCAUACUGCUUCAGCUACUCUGACAUCUGUUAUCUCGUGGUUGGUGUGUAUCUGAAAGGAAGCCAUUUGCUAACCCAGAUCUAACUGCAUUUAUAUAUAAAUAAGUGCCAUUAAAUGAAGUUAUAUUUUACUUUUCUCCUUUCCCAAUUAAAGAACAAAUUAGUCUAUAGAAUCUAGCCACCUGUUUAGCCUAGUCAUGUGCCUUGAAUAUAUAUGAGUUCCUUAUGGUAAGUUUUAUUCCAUCUGUACCAUUCAAUUCAUGCUACCUAAUUCAUUUAUUUGACAUGUACCUUAGGUUCACUGCAUCUAUUUUCUUGUUGAUCAUGCACACCACAAAUGUUUUUCCAGUCUUUAUAAACACUAAUGCCUUUUAAUUGCAUCACCAUUUACUUUUGAAAAAUACAUUUGUUUCAGAAAAACAUUUGGCAUUCCUGAAUAAUAUCCAGAUGCUUUUGAUCCAAAGAAAAAGGCUUAAAACUUAUUUCCCUUUCUCAUACACACCUGAACAAAAUAGAUGGGCAUGUUUUAGAGAUUGAUUACUUAAAUUUGUUUUUUUGGUCUAUUUAUGUAUGAGAAUGCUUUUUGAUGUACAUGUCUCAUUGUAAAUGAUGCACAAACUGAAGACAUUAAUAAAAUUUAAGAAUAAUAUGA